AUGCAGUCGCCAAGAGGAAUGCACUCGCCAGGAGUCGGGCCGACUGACCAGCCCGGAAGUCCUUUGUACCCAGCCACCUUCCGCAACAUGACUCCAUAUGAAGACGCAUAUCUGGACCAUGACAUGGCUUACCCUAUCCUGGAGCCACCACCGCAUGAUCCAUUCAUGGAUACCGCCAACAUGCUGCCAGAAAACGUACCAUUGUCUGAACAGGUGAGCGACAACUCCCCGCCGCUCUCAGAUUACGCCACCUCGGCGGAUGGAUGCAAUCGCGAAGACGGUAACGACACUUCGCCAUUUGCCAAGCUGCUGCCUUCCACCGAUAUUCUCGCCGAUAAAGACGACAACGAAGGUAGCAGCGCUGGCAACGUGGUCAUCAUGUCCGAUGCGGUGCAGCGGGAUAUUAAGGAACCAGAGAGGCCCUUGUCUGCUUACGCGCUUUACUUCCGCGACACCCAUGCUAGCAUCCAACUCCAGAACCCCAACGCCAGCUUCACCGAGAUGUCCCAGAUAGUGGCCUCCAUAUGGAAGGAACUCGAACCGGAGCACAAGCUCGUGUACAAGAGGAAGGCUAAAGUUGCCAAGAAGGAAUACCGCAGGGCCAUCGCGGAGCACAGAUCCAGGCUUAGCAUGAACAGCGCUUCCGAUCAACUGGACAUUAGUCGAAGGAGCGGCUACAUGAGUUCACCACCAGGUGCGAUGAGCGUGCCAACGAGAGACAGCAUGUCUCCACUGCAGAACAGCAACCCGCUGCUGAGCUCGGCGAUGGAUGGCAACUCGCCGCGUGAUUACAUGGACGUGGCGUCACCUGAGGACGUUCUCACUACCCAGCAGCAGCAGCAGAGGCAGCAGCCUCCCAUGGCACUGAACUCCUUGUCGAUGUUCCAGAAGCCAAAGCAGGCGUCUGUGACUCCGACUCACCGCUGUCCACAACAAAUGGGGAUGAAUUCUCUUCGACCUUCGGCACCUUGCAGCGCGAGUGACCGCAAGCCGGAGAUCUCGGCUUCACUUGGCAACCAGACUUCCGGCUGUGGUACAGGUGUGCAAAACCAGCAGGGAGAGAUGCCAGUUACUACGUUCACUCGAUGCCGCCGAAGUGGGUGCCCCAAUCCGCCCGUUCCUUCGCUCGAGUGGGACGUAGAGUACUGCAGCAGUGAGUGUGUCAUCCUGCACUGCAAGAAUGUAUUCUCGAGCUGGGCAGCGCAGCGACAAACUGCUGACCACCUCCCUCCACAGUGA